AUGAGUGAGAAAAAUGUGAUAUACCGACACGUGAACGAGUGCAAAUCUCAAUUCGAUUGCAUCCAAGUUUUUUCCAAUUUGGCCGACGAGAGCGUGGACAAAUGGAAAGCACGUAUAGACUCAAGGAUUCUGCAACUGGUCUGCCCAAAGUCACAAGCUAGGGCUGUAAAUACAGAUGCAAAUUUUGGCAAUGAAACGACUAGAAAGAUGAAAUACCUAAAACUGGGCGCAGGCAAGCUCGCCAAAAUGGGUCUACUAAAGGCGCCAAGGUACGUGGCGCCGGACCAUUCCAACGCCUUGCAUAGCCUGUGGGUCCAAUAUAUCAACGAUGCACUAUGUGGAAGCAAAUCAGACGCGGACAUUCUCAAGCGAUUAUUUUUUGCCGAUUUACACGGGGCAAAACUGAGCGUAUACCAAAGUUCAUGCCCAAAUUACGUAAAUUUGAAGGGUAUUGUUGUACACGAUAGCAACAUGACCUUCAGACUGGCGGGGGAGGACGGGAAGGUGAGAACAAUCCUCAAAUCUCCCUGUGUCUUUGAGCUAGAAAUUAGUGGCCAAAAAUAUCAUUUGCACGGCCGAUCUCUCCAGGGCCCCCCCCUAGCCAGGUCCAAAUUGAAGCCCAAGCCCAAAUCGACUGUUGAAUUGUAG